CGCCCGGGACUUUCGUGGCCCUUUGUUCACCGUCACAACAGAACUACCGACGGCUCUUAACAACCAGUCUAACCUCUCUCGCAAUGGAGGUGAACAACUUAUCACAGCCAUGACAGUUUCCAACACUAUGGCCGAUUCUUCCUCUAGGGAGCCUAAUGAGGAAGGAGAACGGAAACAAUCAAUAUCACAACAUCGGGAAAAGAGUCUAACUCCUUACGAAAGACUAACGCACGAUUUAGCUCACGACGAACGCUAUCUGAAGGAAAUAACUCUCGGCAAGCGAAUCGGAUUUUAUCGUAUUCGAGGAGAGUUAGGAAGCGGCAACUUCUGUCAGGUUAAAAUGGGAAUACACUCACUUACAAGAGACAAGGUUGCUAUCAAGAUUUUAGACAAGACAAAGUUGGAUCAGAAAACUCAACGAUUGUUAUCGAGGGAAAUUUCUUCUAUGGAGAAGCUUCAUCAUCCCAAUAUAAUCAGACUUUAUGAAGUGAUCGAAACGCUCUCGAAGCUACACAUUGUGAUGGAAUACGCUGCUGGUGGCGAAUUGUUCGCUAGGAUUUCGAAUGAGGGUAAACUACACGAGCGAACAGCUCGCCGAAUAUAUGCUCAAGUGACAUCCGCUGUUGAACAUAUGCAUGAUAAUAACAUUAUUCAUCGCGAUCUCAAAGCAGAGAACGUGUUUAUUGCGGGUCCGAAUCUCGUGAAGGUUGGCGACUUUGGGUUCAGCACUUUGUCGACCAAGGAUAGCACACUGAAUACUUUCUGUGGCUCGCCACCUUAUGCUGCCCCGGAAUUGUUCAAUGAUGAACAUUACAUCGGGGUUUAUGUCGACCUUUGGGCUUUAGGAAUACUUCUUUAUUUCAUGGUUACCGGCGUUAUGCCAUUUCGAGCGGAGACUGUAGGAAAGCUGAAGAAAUGUAUUCUAGAUGGGACUUAUUAUUUGCCGGAGUUUUUGUCCGAUCGCUGUAAAUUUCUCAUAAGAAACAUUUUAAGGCCUGUUCCCACAGAUAGAUUCACUAUGGAAGAGGUAAAGCACUCUGCCUGGCUAGAAGGGGAGAUUUUUCCUCGACCGGACACCAAAUAUAGUCUGCGACCUCCAGAGGACAAGGUUACGGAGCUAACUGAGGACGAAAGGGACGCACUAAGCACGAUGAAAGAACUUGGUAUUUCUUCAGAUCUUUACGCAAAUUGUAGAGACUCAAGAGACAGUAUAACAGGAACCUACAGAGUAAUCCUGCAUCGAAUUGCGAAAAAGAAGUUAGAGCUUAUGCGGAAAACGUCAACUAUGAGUAGUUAUAGUAACAACAAUCACCUAAUGACGGAUUCUCGACCACAGAAGGCUGACAACAACGAGAGAAACGCGAAAGCACAACCUAAAUCCAAAUUUUGUAUAAUCCUGUAAUUAUCACAGGCAAAAAAAUUGUAGCACAUGCGCGAAUUUUCUUAACACCUAAAUCUUGAAUUCUUUCUCAUUUAAUUUUGAAAUUUUUUAACCUAUUUUUGUUGCGCCGAGCAGAUUUGAACGGAUUUCAUCUCUGAUAUUCUAUUGUGUGAUUCGUGCAGGUUCGUGGGUUAUUAUUGUUUAUCACAGAUUACCACUUGUGAAAUGUUUGCUUUCAGUUUUCACACAUUUUUAACUCAAACAUUUGUACAUAAACAUAUCAUUUGCGAGGCUCUCUAAGAAGAAAGAGAGACAUGCAAACACUACACACAUAAAUUAUUUGUUUGGUGACGUUCCUAAGUUGCGGCAGGAUAUGCCGUCACUUGUAAUAAACUUUGGGUGAGAGUGAUAUGAAAAUUUUCCGAGCAGAAUGCUGUGACUGACAGUCCAUAAAAGGAAACAAUCGUUGGAACUUAUCUUCAACUCGAUUGAAUGGACGAAAACGUACUGGAUCAAUUUGUCACGUAUCAAAUUAAAAUUUUCUCAGGACAGAGUUGUGAAUAUUUAAUUUAGACUUCCUGAUCUUGUAUUGUUCCUCCAUUAGCUCUAACAGUCUCAUGCAGUUGUGCCUCAAGUUGCAUAAUCUUUGGCAAUGUUUUUGCAUGGUAUUGUAACCAAUCAGAUGGAUAUAAGCUCAGAGACUGUGUCAAUUAUUUAUUUAUCCUUAAACUCCCUAAUAAUCUUUAUAACUUUUUAACCAUGUUGAUAAAAAAUGUCCUUUCUAUUCUUGUGAUCACAUUCAAAUGAAAACGUAUGUUCAAGUAACUUGAACAUGAUAUUUUUCAUACGUGCUCAAAUUUAAUUUAUGGUCCCCCAAGGCAAGUUAUUAAAUUGCUGUUCAACAUCAACAUCAACUUCCACAAUGUCCAAUAUACUUGAAAUUGAAACAUGACAGUUUUGCUUAUAAUGUAAAAUAACUGUAGAUUUUUCAGCACCUUUGUGUAAUGGACAUAGGGAUCUUUGCAUGAAAAAAUGCCCCAGAAAUUUGUAAAUAUGAAAUAUUUCCAACGCUUGGAGCAUAUUUUUGCAAAGUAAAUUUGCAUUUAUUUUAUUUAAGUCCAACAUACCUCUUGGUAUGACAAGGGCAAUAAAAUAUAUAUUUUUUCAUG